AAUCCUCCACAAACUCAGGAACUGUUCUCAAACCUGUGUCGUCAGUUGUGUGUUUCUCUCUCUAUGAAGCAUGAACUCCUCCACCAUCUCCAACCCCAUAACUCCGCCACUUUCUCUCUCUCUCUCUAACCCUCACCCUUCCUCUCUCUUCCCUCUGAUCGCAUCAUGCAAAACCAUGAGACACCUCAACCAAGUCCACGCCCACCUCAUCAAAACCGAACAAAUCCACGACCCCCUCGCCGCCGCCGAGAUCCUCCGUUUCUGCGCGCUUUCCGACCGCCGCGAUUUGGAGUACGCGUGCAAGGUUUUCACCCAAAUGCGGCAACCCAAUUGCUUCUCUUGGAACACCAUCAUCAGAGCUCUCGCCGAGACUGAGCCGCUCGAGGCCCUUUUGCUGUUUCGCCAAAUGGUCUCCGUUGGUAUUGUGCCGCCCAAUCAGUUCACUUUCCCGUCCGUGUUCAAAGCCUGCGCUGGAAUGGGGAAUGUUGAGAUGGGUAAGCAAGUUCAUGGCUUGGUUGUUAAGUAUGGAUUGGAUUGUGAUGAGUUUAUUCUUAGUAAUCUUGUUAGGAUGUAUGUUAUGUGUGGGGUUAUGGAAGCUGCAAAUUUGUUGUUUUAUAGGAAUUUAAGUAAAAUGGCGAGGGAUAAAAGAAGGCAAGAGGGAAAUGUGGUUUUGUGGAACGUGAUGGUUGAUGGGUACGUGAGAGUUGGGGAUUUUAGAGUUGCUCGGGAGUUGUUUGAUAAAAUGCCUCAAAAAAGUGUGGUGUCGUGGAACGGUAUGAUAUCUGGGUACGCGCAAAACGGGCUUUUCAGGGAGGGGAUAGAGUUGUUCCGGGAAAUGCUUUUGGGAGAUGUGCGUCCGAAUUAUGUCACUUUGGUUAGUGUUUUGCCUGCAAUUUCGCGUCUUGGGGCGCUUGAGUUGGGGAAGUGGGUACACUUGUUUGCGGAGAGGAAUGAUAUCGAGAUCAAUGAUGUUCUUGGUUCUGCUCUUGUUGACAUGUAUUCUAAAUGUGGGAGCAUUGAGAAGGCGCUUCAAGUUUUUGAGAGGCUGCCUAAGGAGAACGCAAUCACUUGGAAUGCUAUAAUUAAUGGACUCGCUAUGCACGGUCGAGCAAAGGAUGCCCUUCACUAUUUCUCGAGGAUGGAACAAGCCAAUGUGACGCCAACUGAUGUAACAUAUAUCGGUCUCUUGAGUGCUUGCAGCCAUGCAGGCUUGGUGGAAAAAGGGCGGUCAUUUUUCAACCAUAUGAUUAGUGUGGUUAGCUUGGAACCUAGAAUUGACCACUACGGCUGUAUGGUUGAUCUUUUAGGUCGUGCCGGACAUUUGGAAGAAGCCGAAGAGCUUAUUCUAAAUAUGCCAAUUAGGCAGGAUGAUGUCAUUUGGAAGGCAUUGCUUGGUGCUUGCAAGAUGCAUGGGAACAUAGACAUGGGCAAACGCAUAGCCGAGAUUUUAAUGGACUUGGCUCCUCAUGACAGUGGAUCCUAUGUUGCUCUCUCAAAUAUGUAUGCCUCCUCAGGAAAAUGGGAAGCGGUUUCAGAAGUGAGGUUGAUGAUGAAGGACAUGGAUAUAAGGAAAGAUCCUGGAUAUAGUUGGAUUGAGCUUGAUGGAGUGAUUCAUGAGUUUGUUGUGGAAGAUGAAUCUCACCCUAGAGCCAAAGAAAUCCAUUCAAUGUUGGAGGAAAUUUCUCACCAGCUGAGCUUGGCAGGCUAUAGGCCUGACACAACACAAGUUUUGCUCAAAAUAGAUGAAGAAGAGAAACAGACUAUUUUACAUUAUCACAGUGAGAAGAUUGCCAUUGCCUUUGGCUUAAUAAGUACGGGCCCUGAGACGCCACUUAGGAUUGUGAAGAACCUACGAAUAUGUGAAGAUUGUCAUGCUUUUAUAAAGUUUGUCUCGAAAAUUUAUAAGCGUAAGAUUAUUGUGAGGGACCGAAAGCGGUUCCACCAUUUUGAGCAUGGAACAUGCUCUUGUAUGGAUUACUGGUAAUGUCUCCAUAAUAGAAUUGAAUUGACCACUUCUUAGAUGUAUUAACUGGAAAUGUGUUGAAUCUCCCGUUUAGUUCGCUGAUUCGAGUUUUUAAUUCGAGUUGAGAUG